GGCAUUCCGCUUUACUUCUUAAUUUUGUAUUGUAAUCACAAAUAAGUGAAGAAUCGAGAAUCACAGAAUUAAUUCAACCAUUCAACGCGUAAAUAUAAAUAAAUCAGACGUCGGCGAAAAGCGAGUGUUGUCAAUUUAGCAGACGAAUCAUAACAGGAACAGUGUGCAAAUCUGUGAUAAUGACAUUUAAUUAUAUCAGUUAAACUAUAAUAGUGAUAUCUAAUUUCCUUCUUUUUUUUACAUAAAUUGAGUGCUACAAAAUUGUGUCCAUGGAGUCAAACAAAAUAAAAUACCUGCAAUUCAAAGAAGAAUUACAAAUUCCAGUUUCAUGGGGCUACCUUGCCGCUAAGGUAUGGGGCCCAGAGGAUGGUUUACCAAUAUUGGCCCUCCAUGGAUGGCAGGAUAAUGCAGGAUCUUUUGACACCAUUGCUCCUUUACUCCCUUUAAAUACUCGUCUAGUGUGUCUUGAGUUCUGUGGGCAUGGCUUUUCCUCCCACUACCCACCAGGAAUGUUUUUGUCUCUCUAUGACCAUAUCUAUCAUGUCAAAAUGGUAAUUGACUUUUUUCGGUGGGAAAAGGUUACUCUCAUGGGCCACAGCAUGGGAGGCCAAAUUGCCACAUUCGUUGCUUCGAUAUUUUCCGACAAAAUCCUUAAGCUCAUCAGUUUGGAUGCUCUCAAGCUCCGAUCUUCCGAUCCAGACAACUUUAGCAAUGAGAUGAAAAGUGUUUUAACAGAUUUUCAAAGCAUGGCCAAAAAACUGGAGCAAAUCCCACGGACAUCUUCCAUCACAACAUAUAAUCAAGCGCGUGAGAAACUCAUCAGAAACUACUCUGGAUCGGUUGAAGCCAAGCACGCCGACUUCCUGCUCGCCCGUAGUUUGCGAAAGAAAGGCGAUGAUGAGUAUGAAUAUACACGAGACUUGCGCACCAUCAUCCGCCCGUUCCUUUUCAAUGAUUUUACCACUGAAAAGCUCAGAGAAAUAGCUCGUGGUAUUUUAUGCCCAUUUCUGCUGAUACGCGCAAGAAAUUCGAUUACUUCUGUCUCAUCCGAACCAGUGCAAUUGCACCAAGAAUUCAUCGAGAUCUAUCGCAACGCCAGUAAAGAUUUCCAGUUGAUUGAGAUGGAUGUUUAGUUCCUAUCUCGUCAGUCAGUGAAUGAAUGUCAGGGAAAUGCAGUCAAUUGCCGUGUCAUCUGUGGAAAGCCCACGACUAGAGUUUAAAGAGGACGUCCAGAUUCCUGUUCCAUGGGGCCACUUGUCAGCAAAAGUUUGGGGGCCUGAUGAUGGUGUUCCUGUUUUAGCAGUUCAUGGAUUGAUGGAUAACGCUGGAUCAUUUGAUACACUAGCUCCUCUGCUCCCACCUCAUGUUCGUCUUGUUUGCCUUGAGCUUUGUGGUCAUGGAUACUCAUCAGCCUACCCCCCUGGAGUGAUCCUUCAUUAUUUUGACAACGCCUAUCAUGUUAAACUUGUUGUAGAUCAUUUCAAAUGGGACCAAGUGAUCUUAAUUGGUCAUAGUAUUGGGGCCAUCACACUUUUUCUCUUUGCAUCUAUUUUCCCAGAACAUGUCAGCAAAAUGAUCAGUUUGGAUUUGGUUAAGCCGGUCUCCGUGUCCGUUUCUAAGCUACCUGUCAUCAUGAGAGGCAUUAUAACCGAAAUACUCGGAUUCUCGGAAGUUGGAUCACCAUCAACGGUUACAUAUCAGGAAGCCCGUCAGAGUCUUGUCGACAAUUACAAAGGAUCCGUCGACGACAAGGCAGCAGACGUCCUAUUAAUCCGUGGCCUGAAAAGGAAAGCUAAUGCCGAAGAUGCCUACGAGUUCGUAAUUUCUGAUAUGCGAAUCCUAGUCCGCACACUCACUCUUUCCGAAGAGCAAAUUAAAGUGUUGAUUGCCAAUAUCCGUUGCCCUUUACUCAUCAUCCGAGCUUCCAACGGCCUCAAGAAUUUUACCGAGAAAGUGCUUGGCGAAUAUCUCGACAUUUAUCGGUCUUCCAGCCAAGAUUUUCGCAUCGUCGACGUAGAAGGUACCCAUCAUGUCCAUCUCACCCAUCCUGAACGAGUCGCACCUCACAUUCUUCAAUUUCUAUUACCUCUUCCGCUCGCUAGUAAACUUUAAUGAAACAACCAAUUGUUUUGUUAAAUAACUACCUCAGUGUAUUUUUUUACUUACAAUAGAAUAUAUCUUUUUAAAAAUGA